AUGUUCAAUAGGGGCUCACUCGACCGCGACACGGAAUUAAUACCGAUUCCCUACCACCAAAGUGCAGAUCUGCUGAUCCAAAGUACAUCAGAGCGCGAGUCUGAAAGAUACUCAGAGAGAGACACAGAAAGACUCUCCGCAUACAAUGAGGAGACCAAGCCCAAACAUGGUUGGCUCUUUCAAGGCGGAGACCGGUUCCAAGGCUGGAGGUUCACUAUCUGUCUAGCUUUUAUCGCCAGUCUGAUCGUCUUCCUUUUCAACCUCGGUUUUAUGCUCUAUACUAUCUCUCAUCAUCGACAGGAUGAUACGAAGGGGAUCUUGUACCAGGGUGAUUGCGAUAAAGUGCAGCAUUUGGACAUUGGCUUCCAUUUGCUGAUCAACAUCUUGAGCACGACUCUGUUGUCUGCUAGCAAUUUUGGGAUGCAAUGCCUCGCUGCACCGACAAGACGAAACAUCGACCGAGCUCACCAAAAAGGGAAAUGGCUCGACAUUGGAGUGCCCAGUAUCCGCAACCUUUUCCGCGUAUCUAAAGGACGAUCGCUCUUAUGGAUAUGCCUAGCAUCCUCCUCUCUCCCUUUCCAUCUCAUGUACAAUUCAACAAUCUUCUCGACAACCUCCGUCACAGCCUACAAUAUCUUCCUAGGACAUGGAGAUCUAGGCAAAAUACCUUCGCCAGACCUUGAAGUACCACUCCAAGAUACGGACAAAUGGUCCUCCUUCAACGGACUCUUUUCAUCCGCCAAAAACGGAUCUCUACAGCAUCUCGACCCAAAGGAAUGCGUGGACAAUUACGCCCAAACCUUCCAGACAACCUAUGGCGAUCUCCUUCUUGUCACCGAGCAAGUGUCAACAAACACUUCAUAUGUUUACCUUACAAUGCAGGGUGUAUUAAAUCCUCGGCUAUACCUAGAUCUCACGCCCCCGCAGGCAGACCCGUAUAAGUGGCUUUGCCCAAAUGAUUGGAGCGAUGACUGCGAAGCGUAUUUGCCGACUAUUCAGUCCCAAAUCAAGAAGGAUAACUGGACCGUGGCAAGUACUAGUUCGUCGGGUGAUAGGUGGAAGGUUAAUUACUGUCUCGCUAAAAAGGCGAGACAGUUUUGCAAAUUGCAGUACUCUUUCCCAUUGACCAUAGUCGUUAUUACAUUCAAUCUGGUCAAGUCCGCCAUAUUGUGUUAUAUGUGGUUUGGUAUAAAAGAAGCCCCCAUCCUAACCAUCGGUGAUGCCAUUACCUCCUUCCUACGUCGCCCCGAUCCAUAUACGAAGGGUGGAUGUCUCCUUCUCAACCGAGAAGUGGAAUCUAUGUUUCGGUCUUCAUCAGCAUCAAUCAAAAAGUAUCCACUGCAUGAACCGAGAAAGUAUGUUAGGAAACGAAGACGUUGGGGUAGUGCCGUUUCCACCAGACGAUGGGUAUUCAGUAUAUCCUUCGGGCUUAUAGCUAUCCUUGCCUGUAUCAUCCUUCUCGUAUACGGCAUCUCCCAAAUAAAAUCCGGGUCAACCGUCUGGCGAGCAAGCCUAGGCGAAGUAAACCCAAGCACCCUCAUAAUUGGCGACCACUGGCCCGGCACUCUAAUACCAAUCGUGAUAAUUGCUAACAUGCCCCAACUCAUCUUCUCCUUCCUCUACUUCGCCUUCAACAGUCUCCUAACCGCAAUGAAUAUCGCCGCAGAAUGGAGCGGUUACGCCGUCAACCGAAAAGGACUCCGAGUCUCAGGUAGUCCAUCCCUCUCGCAACGCAGUAACUAUUUCCUCUCAUUGCCAUAUCGCUACGCAAUCCCACUCAUAGUCGUCUCUGCUCUUUUGCACUGGCUUAUCUCACGGAGUCUAUUUAUUGUGGGAAUUGAAGCAUACAGUCCAAAUAUGGAGAGACAGCAGGAUAAUGACAUCCUCACAUGUGGAUACUCGCCUGUUGCGAUUGUCAGCUCCAUUGCGGUUGGGAGCUUGAUGUUUUUCUGUGUCGUUGGACUAAGUUUCAGGCUGUUUGAGUCGGGCAUGCCCGUUGUGGGAAGUUGCAGUUUUACCAUUGCCGCGGCGUGUCAUCCUGCUUUUGAUCCAAAUCGUGAAGGCAAUGGGGAGGUCGACGAAGGGAUGGAAUGGGAAAAUGAAGACGAGGAUAUGGCUCUAUUACCCGUUCAAUGGGGUUCAGUUCCGUUCGUGGGAUCGGUGGGACAUUGCAGCUUCACGUCCGGGGAUGUGGAAGAGCCCCACGGGGAGCAGAAAUAUCUGUAG